AUGGCAGCUGCAACUGCCCGCAAAUGCAUCGGGGUGGACUGCUCGAAUGACGCAGGCACCCUGCAAUGCCCGACAUGCCUCAAGGCUGGCACCGACAGUUUCUUCUGCUCGCAGGACUGUUUCAAGCGGAGUUGGGGUGAACACAAAGCCGUCCACAAGAAGACAACCGGCAAUUUCAACCCGUUCCCCUCCUUCCAAUUCACCGGUAGUUUGCGUCCCGUCUACCCGCUGUCGCCGAAGCGCACCGUCCCGAGCACCAUCCCCUACCCUGACUACGCCAAAAAUGGUAUCCCGAUCUCCGAGCAGCGCCUCUUCGGCCAGCGCAGCAUCAAGAUCCUGAACAAGGAGGAGCAGGAGGGCAUGCGCCGUGUGUGCCGUUUGGCCCGUGAGGUCUUGGAUAUUGCGGCCCGCGCGUUGAAGCCCGGCGUGACGACCGACUACAUCGAUGAGGUGGUCCAUAAGGCUUGCGUCGAGCGUGAGUCCUAUCCUUCGCCGCUGAACUACAUGCACUUCCCAAAAUCCGUCUGCACUUCAGUCAACGAGACUAUCUGCCACGGGAUUCCCGAUCAGCGGCCUCUGGAGGACGGAGACAUCAUCAAUAUCGACGUGACUCUGUACCACAAGGGAUUCCAUGGUGAUAUCAACGAGACAUAUUACGUUGGAGACAAGGCACUCGCCAACCCUGAGGCUGUUCGCGUGGUGGAGACCGCACGUGAGUGUCUGGAUAAGUCAAUCGACCUGGUUAAGCCGGGCAUGCUGUUCCGCGAUCCCGGCAACGUUAUCGAGAAGCACGCCAAGUCCCGCGAUUGCAGUGUCGUCAAGACCUACUGCGGUCACGGUAUCAACCAACUCUUCCACUGCGCCCCCAACGUUCCCCACUACGGCAAGAACAAGGCCGUAGGCACGGCCAAGCCCGGCAUGUGCUUCACCAUCGAGCCCAUGAUCAAUACCGGUACUUACCGGGAUCGAACAUGGCCCGAUGACUGGACCAGCACGACCGCGGACGGAUCUCUGUCGGCCCAGUUCGAGCACACCAUGCUGGUGACCGAGGACGGCGUGGAGGUUCUCACGGCCCGUCUGCCAGAUUCGCCGGGUGGUCCGGUCCCGAUCCCCGAGACGGCGAAUUAG